GAUUCUAUACGAGCUGCAGUUGGACAUCGGUGGCGGGUCGGGGAGAAGCAUCCACCACGAGUUCGUCAAGGAUGCCUACAAACGAGUGGGCAUGAAAGACCAAGCCCUGGCUGCUCUCACGCACAUCUUGGUUCGCUGCACGGACUACCGCUACGACGUCUUGGAGGUCUUCAGCGUUGGCGAAAUUUUCCUUGCGCAGAACGUACGACCAAGUUUUCUUGGCGAGAUGUUGAACGGGUUAAACCUUGGUGCCUUCACACUCUACGUGGAAACCUUCCUGGCGGACUAUGACCCGUUGACAAAGGACCAGCAAGUUCUCCACAUGGAAAUCGUGGAGAUGCAGAGCCACACAUCUAACAACUUCAGCAUCUAUCUUCUGGUUGCCACAAACUUCAAGGUCUUCCUCCUUGAGCCAAACCCUGAGAAGCCUGCAUAUGCGGCGGAGAUCGGCGAGCGCUGGGAUCCGAACUGGGAGACGCUCUUCCCCCGGCAGCCGCUGGUCGUUUGGGAGCGCGAGUAUUCGAGCUUGGUGCGGAUCUGGCGAUGCUACGGCUCGCAGAUUUUGGCGGUUGAGUGGCAGGGAGCCGGCAAGCGACUAUCCGAUGCUGAAGAAAGCUCCCCUGGCAGCGGGCAGGAAAUCCAGUACGAAGUCUACCUCUUUCACUUGGCGGAUCGUCGGGAUGUCAUGGCAGAUUGCCUUCGUGCCUACGCAGCUUCCAAGGAUGUGAAGGGCGAGGGCCCCCCGGUCUUGACCGACCCAAGCUUCCGCAACAUCGUCAUCGGGCAGACGAAGGAGGAGCAGAUGCUCGCAGCCACGGUGACGACCCUGGGCCCAACACCAAGGGUUGGUCUGUUUGCCGCUGAGCAGAAAGCAGACCACCGGCCACGACUCUUUGUGUUGACGAAGGCAUCAGUCCUUGAGUUCGGCAUCAACUCCAGCUCCUGGCAUCCGCCCUCAGAGCUGGACCCAGCGAUUUUCGAUGACUUCCUGCCAGAUGAUCUUAACGAGGUCGAAGGCGAGGGCGAAGAGCCUGAAGAGGAGGAGGUUUUCCCACCCCCUUCUGAUGAGGAGAUGGCCCUGCGCCACCUUGACCGGCUCAGCGCGGCCUCGGGGAAGGUGCGGCCACCGCCGCAGACUGGUCCGGGAAGGCCCGUCCUGAGAUUGGCCAAGACCUACAAGCUGCCGGCUUCGGAGAUCCAUUUCGAGAGCCGGAGCGAGGCUGACCUUACCCUGUAUUUCUCGAGUGGCGCCUUCUGCAUUCGCUUCUUCACAGACAGCAGUCGUGAAGUGUGGCGUCGUGGCCUGGCCUACACCCUGGUAAGAGGCGAGAAAGGAUGGGAGCGGCAGCGUUGA